AUGGCGAUGACUAUAUUGAAGGCACCCUUAAUAAAUACUAUCGUUAAACGCUGUUACGCCAAUAAAGGAGUUGCAUUAUCCAUCAGAGGACCAGAGAUACAAACAAAAAAAUUACCUAACAACACUUAUGUCGUAGCUGUUCCAAAUUAUCCAACGAAUCUUGGACGUAUUUCUGUCACUUUUUUGUCAGGAUCGCGUUAUGAAGAUCCAGAAAAUACAGGCCUUACACAUUUGCUACGCAGCUCAGCCGGACUUUCUACACAAUCAUCAUCCACUUUUGCGAUCUUACGAAAUUUGGGGCAUUUAGGUGCCAAUUACUUUGUAACAUCUGAUCGUGAGGCAAUUACUUAUACCAUUGAAGCACACAAGAACAAUCUUUUGAGUAGUUUAAGGUAUUAUAUUGAUUCAAUUUCAAAUCAAAAAUUCAAACCUUGGGAAUUGUCUGAUAAUUUAAAACGUUUGGAAUACGAUAUCUUGACUAUAUCACCAGAAUCGAGAGUUUUGGAUUUAGCUCAUAAAGCUGCAUAUAGAAAUGGUCUUGGUAACACAGUAUUUUUGCCUAAAUAUAACAUCAACAAGUUGGGAAGUGAACAUCUUUUAUACUAUGCUAAAAAGAAUCUAAAUAAUAACAAUGCUAUUAUAUCAGGUGUUGGAGUGGACCUGGACACAUUGGUACAUAUUUCAGAAGACUUGAAUUUACCUAAUGGUGAAUCAAACUGUGCAUCAAAAGCUAAAUAUUAUGGUGGUGGUGAUAUAAGAAAAUCUACACCUAUAGAUACUACAUAUUUGGCUGUUGUAACUGAAGGAGUGAGGUAUAAAGACUCACAAAGUGCAUCAUUUGCUGUACUUGAAUUUUUGCUAGGUAAAGGAUCAUCGACAAAAUGGGGAGUUGGUCAAGGAGUUUUGGAACAAAAUAUUCUGAAGACAAAUGCUACUGAGAAUUUUUCUGUGUCCUCUGUAAACUUUAACUAUUCUGAUUCUGGUCUCUUUGGUUUUCUCUUAGCCUACAAUGGAAAAGAUGUCAGUCAAGUGUUAAAGGCUGCUGUACAAAGUUUAAAGUCGCCUAUAAUUACUGACAGUGAAGUGAACAGGGCUAAGAAUCAAUUAAUUUAUUCACUUGUUGAAGCCUCUGAAUCUGGUGCUAAAACUUUAGAAAAUAUUACAAACCAAGCUGUUGUUGCAAGAGGAGUACUACCUUUCGGAAAGUUAAUUGCUGCUGUUGAAGCAGUCACUGUUGAUGAUGUAAAGAAAGUAGCCAGCAAAGUAGCAAGUAGCAAGUUAACAUUAGCUGGUUAUGGUAAUAUAGCCCAAACACCUUACUUGGACGAUUUGUAA